CUACAAACGCAUGUGUGUAUUUCUAUAAAUACAUACAGUAUGUAUGAAGGUGCAGUUGUGACAAAUGUGCGCACAGCCGUGUGCGCCUCUCAUCACCGACGCGUCCAGCUCCGCACGCGUGUAGUGGGAACCGCUGCAGCUCCCUCCUCCAUGCGUAAAUUAUGUAGGGCAGGACGGCAAUGCUCUGCUACCUCCAUUUGAGAAAACCCGGCCGGUGAAUGUGAGGCGAACACAUAAAUAAAGGAAGAGAAAAAGAAGAAAGAAAGAGAGCAGAAGAAGAAGCCACCCUCAUCCUCAAGCAGCAUUUGACAGAGGAGGAGUGGCGCAUCACGACCUGCAUAUUGUGAAGCCAAGGAGAAGAAAAGAUGGACAUUACGGAUCAAGGAGCUCAAAUGGAGCCGUUGUUACCCACGGAACACAGUCCCCAAGAAAAUAAAGAUGUGAGAACGGAUGAGGAGGCGGUGGUGGAUCGAGGGGGCACACGCUCCAUGCUCAACACCAACUUUGAGAAGGAAGAGCUAGAAGGUCACCGCACUCUCUACAUUGGGGUUCAUGUACCGUUGGGUAGGAGGUCGCACCGACGCCAUCGUCACCACGGACACAGACACAGGAAGAGGUCCAAGGAGAGGGACUCCUCAGCUGACGAUGGACGAGAAUCCCCCUCACACACAGACACACCGGCUCAGAGGGUGCAGUUCCUCUUGGGGACAGAGGAUGGCGAUGAGGAACAUAUCCCCCAUGCCCUGUUCACCGAGCUGGAUGAAAUCUGUCUCAGGGAGGGUGAGGACGCAGAGUGGAAAGAGACGGCCAGGUGGCUGAAGUUUGAGGAGGAUGUUGAGGAUGGCGGUGAGCGGUGGAGUAAACCAUAUGUAGCCACACUGUCUCUACACAGUCUUUUUGAGCUUCGCAGCUGCAUCAUGAACGGAACUGUGAUGCUGGAUAUGAGGGCUAACUCACUGGAGGAGAUUGCAGACAUGGUUCUGGAUCAGUAUGAGGCGUCGGGGCCUGUGGGCCAGGAAGACAGGAAGAGAAUCCGAGAGGCUCUGCUCAAACAGCACCACCACCAAAACCAAAAGAAACUGGCCAACCGCAUCCCCAUUGUCCGAUCCUUUGCCGAUAUUGGCAAGAAGCAGUCUGAGCCUCAUUCCAUGGACAAGAAUGGCCAAACGGUCUCACCUCAGUCCCAGCCGUCCAACAAUGAGGGCAAACAGGACGUCAGCCGUGAAAACAGCGCUGUCGACUUCAGCAAGAUUGACCUCCACUUCAUGAAGAAAAUCCCUCCUGGUGCUGAGGCGUCCAAUGUCCUGGUGGGGGAGCUGGAAUUCCUUGAACGCCCUGUGGUGGCUUUUGUCCGCCUGGCACCUGCUGUGCUGCUCAAUGGCCUGGCUGAGGUUCCCAUCACCACCAGGUUUCUUUUCAUCCUGCUUGGCCCUCUGGGAAAAGGUCCACAGUAUCAUGAAAUUGGCCGGUCUAUUGCUACGCUGAUGACUGAUGAGAUUUUCCAUGAUGUUGCUUACAAAGCCAAAGACAGGAAUGACCUGGUGGCGGGCAUUGAUGAGUUUCUGGAUCAGGUGACAGUGUUGCCUCCUGGAGAGUGGGACCCCUCCAUCAGAAUAGAACCUCCCAAGAAUGUGCCCUCUCAGGAAAAGCGCAAGAUUCCUCCUGUUCCCAACGGUGUGACCGAUCUGGGAGAGUCAGAGGAACACGGGGGGCACGAUGGCCCUGAGCUCCAGCGCACUGGGAAAGUGUUUGGCGGGUUUGUCAUGGACAUCAAGCGAAAGGCCCCUCACUACCUUUCCGACUACACAGAUGCCAUCAGUCUGCAGUGUCUGGCCUCUUUCCUCUUCCUCUACUGCGCUUGCAUGUCACCCGUCAUCACCUUUGGAGGACUCCUUGGAGAGGCCACAGAGGGACGUGUGAGUGCUAUCGAGUCCCUGUUCGGGGCCUCCAUGACUGGAAUUGCAUACUCUCUUUGUGCUGGUCAGCCUCUCACCAUCCUGGGCAGCACGGGGCCCGUUCUUGUCUUUGAGAAGAUCCUCUUCAAGUUCUGCAAGGAAUACGGCCUGUCUUACCUCUCCCUGAGGGCCUGUAUUGGCCUGUGGACAUCCUUCUUCUGUCUACUGCUGGUGGCCACUGAUGCCAGCUCACUUGUCUGUUACAUUACACGCUUCACCGAGGAAGCUUUUGCUUCACUUAUUUGCAUCAUCUUCAUCUACGAGGCCCUGGAGAAGCUUUUCCACCUGGGAGUGCAUUAUCCCAUAAAUAAAAACAACAACCUUCAGAAACUCACACAGUACUCGUGUGCCUGUGUGGAGCCCAUGAACCCCAGCAAUAAGACUCUGAACUUCUGGGAGGAGAGGAACAUCACGGCUUCACAGGUUAAUUGGACCAUGCUGGAGGUCAAGGAGUGCGAGAUGUUGCACGGGGAUUUUGAAGGCACUGCCUGUGGCCCUCAUGGUCCCUACAUUCCCGACGUCCUCUUCUGGUGCGUGGUCCUCUUCUUCACCACCGUCUUCAUGUCUGCCUUCCUCAAGGAGUUCAAGACAAGUCGCUACUUCCCAACCAAGGUGAGGUCUAUUAUCAGCGACUUUGCCGUCUUCAUCACCAUCCUCACUAUGGUUCUUGUGGAUUAUGCAGUCGGGAUCCCCUCUCCUAAACUACAGGUCCCCAACAAAUUCAAACCAACCAGGGAUGAUCGUGGUUGGAUUAUAAACCCUGUGGGGCCCAAUCCCUGGUGGACCACCAUCAUCACCUGCAUCCCAGCUCUGCUCUGCACCAUCCUCAUUUUCAUGGACCAGCAGAUUACAGCUGUCAUUAUCAACAGGAAGGAGCACAAGUUGAAGAAAGGCUGUGGCUACCACCUGGACCUGUUUGUGGUGGGGGUGAUGCUGGGAGUGUGUUCAGUGAUGGGCCUGCCGUGGUUUGUGGCGGCCACCGUGCUCUCCAUCUCGCACGUGAACAGCCUGAAGCUGGAGUCGGAGUGCUCAGCCCCCGGAGAGCAGCCCAAGUUCCUGGGCAUCCGAGAGCAGCGCUUCACUGGACUCAUGAUCUUCACCCUGAUGGGCUGCUCCGUCUUCAUGACCUCUGUGCUCAAGUUUAUCCCCAUGCCUGUGCUGUAUGGAGUCUUUCUGUACAUGGGGGCGUCCUCACUCAGAGGGAUUCAGUUCUUCGACCGACUGAAGUUGUUUGGCAUGCCAGCCAAACAUCAACCAGAUUUUAUCUACCUGCGCCAUGUCCCUCUGAGGAAGGUGCACCUCUUCACCAUCGUCCAGCUCAGCUGCUUGGUCCUGCUGUGGGUCAUCAAGACCUCCAAGGCUGCCAUCGUCUUCCCUAUGAUGGUCUUGGCCCUGGUGUUUAUUCGUAAGCUGCUGGACUUAAUCUUCUCCAAGAGAGAACUGAGCUGGUUGGAUGACCUGAUUCCCGAGUGGAAGAAGAAGAAGUUGGAGGAUGCGGAACAAGAGGAGGAACACAGUAUUAUUGUAGAGGAGGAAGGCAUUGUACAAGUGCCACUGGAGGGACACUACAAGAGUGACCCGUCCACGGUAAACAUCACUGAUGAGAUGUCCAAAGGAUCUUUUGGGAAUGUAUGGAAGGGCGUUAGCCCGACGGAGAGCACAAAGAAAGAACCAAGCGCUAAAAGUUCCCCUUCCUAACCUCUCAGAAGCUGAUAUCCCAAAGUUGUUCCUGUGGUGGCGAAAAGCAACACAAGCAGCGGAGGCGUGAGAAGAGGCUGGACAGGGAGACAAGUUUGUGAUGACACAUAGUGGCGGUGCCAUUGUGCUGUCGAUCAGGAAAUUGAUAAAAAGGAAAGAAAGAAAUAAAGAAAGAAAGAAAGAGAAAAAAACAAAACAAAAAAAAACUGUACCGUGCCACACUCAACCACCUUUGUACUGUGCUACACUGUGUUUUUUGUUAUACAAGUCUGUGUGCAAGUUGUGUGAAACAAAAAUGUGUUAGAAACAGUAUUAACUUGAGGAGCUGAGACACAUCUGUGUUCUGAUUUGAGGUUUGGUGAAACCAGCAACAGAGGGAAGCCAGAAUUACACGACACGUGUGUGUUGAUGGGCCAAUUACAUACAAAUUUUAAACAAUUUUUAAACUUUAUUUGUAUUUUGUAUGUUUUUUAUAUUUUUCCAGUAGGACUCCUUUAAAACCAAUCUGCCACAGAAAACCCACAAACAUGUGGAUCUAACGUGCAGCAUUUAUCGACUUUAUGCACCUCACAACAGAAAAAUCGAAAGCAGAUAUUUGCCAAUACUAAUCUAUUUCAGUCAUAUCUAAAUUUGUUGGCUAUAUAGCAAAUGUAGUACCCUUUUUGGGAAAGUAUUAAAUGUACAUUUUAUAUUUUCUGUAUAUCUAAAUGUUUUUGUGUCAGUGACAGAUCAUGUUGCUCCAGGCUUUCCCAUCGCUAGAUUACACUUCUCUCCUCCAGUAAAAUAAAAGUUCACGGACAAAAUGUACAUCUUCGCAAAGUUUGAUGGUUUGUGUUCUCUUCUGUUAGAUGAGAAGAUCCAUCCCUAUUUUAGCUUAGCACAAAAAUAGCCAGUCUGCAUAAACACCAUUUCUUUUCAAUUGUCCUCCCAAAUAUUGCGUGUUAAAUGUAAUUUCAUCAUCCUUGGGGUUUCCAUAUUUAUCUUCUCAUUCAACUUAUUGGGCAAAGUCAAAGUGAGUGUAUCUUAUCCGAGGACAAUUUAUUGGAUAGUGUCAUAUUCGAGCUCAGCUAGCAUGGCACCAUAGUUUGGGAACCUUGAGCAACUCUAGCUGUACUUGGCCUUGGCUUUUUUGGAAAACCUUGUUGAAUUUGCCAGUGCUGAACUUUAGCAGCUCUAUGUUUUCCACCUGUGUACUCUUUGUCUACUUGUCUCUAAGUGUCAUCCAAGGACAUGUGAUCUCCUUUCCAAAUGACCCUCGAUGUGUUAGCAUCAGAAGCUAAUUGUUUUUAAAAAAUAAAAAUGAAAAAAUAAACAAACAAAUGCCUGCAUGGCGGUGAAAUGGAGACCGUCUGGCUGCAGGACCAUGGUUACUUCAAGAGAUGCAAUAAUACCUUCUUUUUUGGGAUGUAAUAAAUAGUAAAGAGUCUUAACAAUGUAUAAUACAUAGUAUAUUUUAUUCAUGUACAAUGUUACUAAUAUAUUACUAACAUGGAGUCAGUGUUGAAAGGCAGGAUUUUGUUGUAGAUGUUCUUUUCCCUUUGUCCUAGUUGUUUAGAGAAACUAAUAAUCGGUCAAACUUAUAUGAAUAUCACAUGAUUUGACCACUUCUGUGUGGAAUUCUGCCUUAAACUUGGUAGUGAUAGCUGUACACUUUUUUGUUCAACAAUUUUAAUUCACCUGUAUAGAAACCUAUCAGUUCAGGUCUGUUGUUCAUUUGUGAUUUGUUUCAUGUGAAUGAAAGAUUGAGAGAGCGUGUGUUAGUGUGUGUGUGUGUGUGUGUUUGUGUGAGAGAGAAAGCAUAAAUAAAGAUAAUAAACACA